AUGGCUAGAACAACGAAGAACAGCGAGAUCAUUCAGCUCGCCAAGCAGCUGAAGGGCACUCCCUGGUGUGAGGAAUACGAGCGCAUGAUUUCUGGAAUGUUGUACAAUCCGUUGCAUCCCCCCCUGCUUGCGGGACGUCACCGCGCGAGAUGUCUACUUUACAAGUACAACAAUAUGGAUCCAAACUCGAAGCCUUACGACGAGCUGAUGGCCACGCAGCAAGAAAUGCUGAAGGACAUUUUGGGAAAGGUGGGCCCGGGAACUUUUAUCGAGCCACCUUUCAUACCAGAUUAUGGAUGCAACGUGGUCAUUGGCGAGAAUUGCUUUAUCAACUUCAACUGCACCAUCCUUGAUACCAGCCUGGUCAUCAUUGGUAACCGUGUUCAACUGGGCCCAAACGUGAGCAUUUACAGCGCAGGGCACGAGACCAGUGUCCUUUCUCGGAUUAAGUUUGUCGAGUUUGGCGAUCCCGUGUACAUAGAGGAUGACGCGUGGAUUGGUGGGGGUACAAUCAUCUUGCCAGGGGUCACUAUUGGGAAGGGAAGCACUAUUGGGGCAGGAUCAAUCGUGACUAAGAGCAUUCCACCAUACUCUGUUGCCAUGGGGGCCCCCGCAAAGGUGGUCAAGAAGCUCCCAACCGUCGAAGAAGAACUGGCGGAUCCGAACAAUGCUUACAGAAACAUGCCUGACCGGCAGUGA